GGGGAAGAGGUUAGAGGAGGAGGAGGAGGAGGAGAGGAGAAGAGAGGAGAGGAGGGGACAUUCAGACAGACAUUGUUACCAACUCGAGGAGCGGCGCAGACCUCGUUGCUACACGUGAAUUUUUCGGCACAACAUUCAGAUCACAGGCUGAAACAUCAUCUACGUCAGCGGCGGCUGUCAGACAUAUUUGUCCGGAGCAUCACUGCCUGUCCUUCCGAGGUGGGAGGAGGGAGUAGCGCGAGAGACGUUCGGUCACAGCUCAGCAUCUUAAAGGACCACAGCAUCUCUCAGGUGAUGGAGGUCUUGUGACGCGCCGCCGCAGCCUGCCGCCGUCCGAAAUCCCACGGGCAAUGGAUGCAGCCAGCUUCAGCCAUGGCCGUGUCGGAUUACGCCGCCAGACUGUUUCUCUGUGAUGUGAAGAGGAGGAAGGGUCGCAGACUACCAGACAGUCCUAAACACUCCAUAAGCCUUGUGAUUUCUCCUUCCUGGUGACGGAGCCAGAUGCAAACAGGGUUUAACCUCUCUUCCUAACCAACCACCCUCCCCCCCACCCUCUCUUCUUCUCUUCUCCUGUACGGACCAAUCAUGGAUCUCCUGUGGGCGCUGUCUGUGUCCAUGUUGACCGUAUGUGUCGCCAUCCCCAUGGAUGCAGCUGCUGGGAGCCACAGCCUGUUCACCUGCGAGCCCAUCACCCUGCGCAUGUGUCAGGGGCUGCCCUACAACUCCACAUUCAUGCCCAACAUACUGAACCACUACGACCAGCAAACCGCCGCUCUCGCCAUGGAGCCGUUCCAUCCCAUGGUGAACCUGCAGUGCUCUCCGGAGCUCAGGAUGUUUCUGUGCGCUCUCUACGCCCCAGUGUGUACCGAGUACGGCCGGAUGACUCUGCCCUGCCGCCGCCUCUGUCUGCAGGCCAAGAGCGACUGCUACAAACUGAUGGAAAUGUUCGGUGUCAGCUGGCCGGAGGAGAUGGACUGCAACAGGUUGCCGGACUGUGACGAGUCCUACCCCCGUCCCGCAGACCUGCUGUCCAGCUCAGACACGACUGAAUCCCCCAUCUCCGUCCAGCGAGACUACGGCUUCUGGUGUCCACGAGAACUGAAAAUCAACCCCGAGUUCGGCUACUCCUUCAUGGGGGUCCGCGACUGCUCGCCUCCGUGUCCCAACAUGUACUUCACACGCGAGGAGCUGACGUUCGCCCGCUACUUCAUCGGGGUGGUGUCCAUCGUCUGCCUCUCCGCCACCCUCUUCACUUUCCUGACUUUCCUCAUCGACGUGUCGCGCUUCCGCUACCCGGAGCGCCCAAUUAUAUUCUACGCCGUGUGCUACAUGAUGGUGUCUCUGGUGUUCUUCCUGGGGUUCCUGUUGGAGGACAGAGUUUCCUGUAACGCUGCGAUUCCCGGGAGGUUCAGGGCUUCGACGGUGACUCAAGGCUCCCACAACAAGGCCUGCACGCUUCUCUUCAUGGUGCUGUAUUUCUUCACCAUGGCCGGCAGCGUCUGGUGGGUCAUUCUCACCAUCACCUGGUUCCUGGCGGCUGUUCCUAAGUGGGGCAGCGAGGCCAUAGAGAAGAAGGCUCUCCUCUUCCACGCCUGCGCCUGGGGGAUCCCCGGCGUCCUCACCGUCACCCUGCUCGCCAUGAACAAGAUCGAGGGAGACAGCAUCAGCGGAGUUUGCUUUGUGGGGCUCUACAACUUAACGGCGCUACGCUGGUUCCUGCUGGUCCCACUGGGACUGGAUGUAGUGGUGGGUGUGGCUCUGCUGCUGGCGGGCAUCGCAGCAUUAAACCGAGUCCGCAUGGAGAUCCCUCUGGAGAAGGAGAACCAGGAGAAACUGGUGAAAUUCAUGAUUCGUAUCGGCGUGUUCUCCGUGCUCUACCUGGUGCCUCUGCUCACGGUCCUGGCCUGCUACCUUUAUGAGAACAGCUACAGAAGCAUCUGGGAGACCACCUGGGUCCAGGAAAAGUGUAGAGACUACCACAUCCCCUGCCCCUACCAGGUGGAGCGCACCAGCCGUCCUGACCUGGCCUUGUUCCUGAUCAAGUACCUGAUGAUGCUGAUCGUAGGAAUCCCCUCCGUGUUCUGGGUCGGCAGUAAGAAGACCUGCUUCGAGUGGGCCAGCUUCUUCCACGGCAAGAGACGCAAAGAAGCAUUAACCCCGUCUCCCACCGCCUGCUCCACACACUCUUCCAUCCUCUUCUACCACACCCGACAUCCCACCACCUUCCCCCUCUCCCUCCCCACCCUCCUGCGUCUCUCCCUGCCCUACCUGCCUCCAUCCCCCAUUUCCUCCUCCUCUUCCUCCUCCUCCUCCUCCUCCUCCACACCGCCCCCGCCCUCCUCCUUUCCCUGCUGCAGCGGGAUGGUCAACGAGAGCCGACAGGUGCUCCAGGAGCCCGACUUCGCCCAGCUGCUGCUCAGGGACCCCAACACGCCCAUCGUGAGGAAGUCACGGGGCACAUCCACCCAGGGGACCUCCACCCACGCCUCCUCCACGCACCUGGCCAUGCUGGACGAACCGCCCAGCGCCAGCACCAGCCGCGCUGGCUCGGUCCGCAGCGCCCGCUCCAAGAUGAGCAGCUACCACGGCAGCCUGCACCGCUCCCGAGACGGCAGAUACACGGCCUCCAGUUUCCGGGCCGCAGACGACCGGAUGCCCUACGGAAGCAUGCCCCGCCUCAACGACCAAUCACAGUCCAGGCACUGCAGCACCAAUCGCCUGGACAGCCUAUCGCGGCACGGCUCCACCCAGAGACUGGAGAGCCAGUCGAGGCACAGCAGCGUCAGGGACCUCGGCACCGCCACCCAAGCUGUUCUCGGUGUCCCUGGAAACGGGAUUCACAGGGUGCUGGAGGAAGACGGAGCCACAGCCUGAACUGGAACUCUUGUUUGUUUUUUCUUCCAGGAACUUAAAGAAUGUGCAAAGAUCCACAGAAAACGUCAGUCAUGUCAGAUCUGUUUCAAUUUGGAAAACUGAGCUGAAGCACAAAUACUUCUUUUUUUUUUUUUUCAACUGUAAGCUAGUUGACAUCCAGCUGGGGACUGAGUGUGGAUUGAUGCCUUAAAAAUGUCCUCUCAGCUUUACCUGAUCUUACUAGCUGAUCCCAAAAACUGAUGAUUUUUUUGUCUGACGUGUGAAAAUAAAAAGACGAACCUUCUUCUACACUACUGAGCCAGUCAAGAAAGAAAAUGUGACCAACACACAGAGAAAACUUCACUGGACUGUCUUUCCUUCUACUGUACUGUUUGUAUAAAGGACUCUGAACAGGAUUUGAGUGAUAAAGCAGGGUAUCUUUUUUUUCCUUUUUUGCACCUGUUGAGCUUCUCACGUCUCCAUGUUUCAGUUUCACACGCCAGAUCAAGAGUAGGUUGACUGAAAUCAUAUUUGCUUGUGUUGUUUUCACUCUCAACUAGAAACUCCACAUGUUGGUUAACAAUUUGGCAUUUUAGGCAACAAACAACUGGUUUUAAGUAGGGAUGAGCAAUAUAUCGAUAUUAUACUGAUAUCAAAUCAUAUUAUAGCCUAAGUUUUGUUUUUUCCUGGUUUUACAGUGAAGUGAUGUCAUUUUCUGAACUUACCAGACUGUUCUUUUAUUUCCCUUUAACCACUAAAGUCAUUAUAUCCACAUUACUGAUGAUUAUUUAUCAAAAAUCUCAUUGUAAAUAUUUUGUGAAAGCACCAAUAGUCAUCCCUACAAUAUUGUCGCAGUUAUUUGGUCAAAAAUAAACCAGUUGUUUGUUCCCUAAAAUUCUGGCAAACACUCUCCACAAAAGCUGUACAUGUCUCCUGAACUUUACAAAAACCUCCAUCUCAUUUUAAAAAGUUUUUUUUAAAAGUUGCAUUAUGUCGCUGCAUUGAUGUGUGUAGUAACGAGAGGAAAAAUGUCUCCUUCUGUCGGUCAUUUUGAAUGCAAGGGCUGAAACACGGGAACAAAAGCUGAAUCCAAACUCCUGCCUUACAGUGUGAAUAGAGACAAUAGUGAGUUUAUUGCCCUUUAAAUUAGAGUCAAAUUCUGAAUAGUGUGUCCUUACUUGUAUAGUUACUGUACAUGUUAGACCAACAUUUCCUCUAGCGGCAACACUUGUGCAUAGGAUGUAAAAACUGAACUUUUGUGGGUUCAUUUGUUAAAUUUUGUAAUAAAGUUUUUAUAAAAAGA